AUGAGUUGUGUUGAUAAUGGUAAAAUGUGUCAUGGGCAGGCUGUGAAAAAUGGGGUUGAUUUUGUUUUGCCGGUGGAGAAUUCAUUGGCUCAUAUGUAUGGUUCUUGUGGGUAUGUGGAGGUUGCUAGGGUGAUGUUUGAUGGAAUGGUGAGCCGGGAUUUGGUUUCGUGGAACUCAAUGAUUGAUGGGUAUGUUAAAGUUGGUGACUUGAGUGCUGCACACAAGUUGUUUGAUGUAAUGCCUGAGAGGAAUUUGGUUACUUGGAAUUGUUUGAUUAGUGGGUAUUCGAAGGGUAGGAAUCCUGGUUAUGCGUUGAAGUUGUUUAGAGAAAUGGGCAGGCUGAGAAUUAGAGAGAAUGCUAGGACAAUGGUUUGUGCAGUUACGGCUUGUGGUCGGUCGGGUAGACUUAAAGAAGGAAAAUCGGUUCAUGGGAGUAUGAUUAGGUUGUUUAUGAGGUCAAGUUUGAUUCUUGACACUGCUUUGAUAGAUAUGUAUUGUAAAUGCGGGAGAGUUGAGGCGGCUAGUAAAGUUUUUGAGAGGAUGAGUAGUAGGAAUUUGGUUUCGUGGAAUGCAAUGAUUUUGGGGCAUUGCAUCCAUGGGAAUCCUGAGGAUGGACUGAGCUUGUUUGAUUUAAUGGUUGGGAUGGAGAGAGUGAAAGGUGAAGUUGAGGUUGAUGAAAGUUCAAGUGCAGAUAGGGGUUUGGUGAGGUUACUCCCUGAUGAAAUAACAUUUAUUGGCAUUCUUUGUGCGUGUGCUCGGGCGGAACUGUUGAGUGAAGGCAGGUCUUACUUUAAGCAAAUGAUUGAUGUGUUUGGGCUGAAGCCGAAUUUCGCUCAUUUUUGGUGCAUGGCAAAUCUUCUUGCAAAUGUGGGGCUUAUUGACGAGGCAGAAGAAUGCCUGAAGAACAUGGCUAAAUUUGAUGGGUAUAUCUCACAUGAGUCAUUGUUAUGGGCAAGUUUGCUCGGUUUGUGUCGUUUCAAGAGAGACGUUUACUUAGGGGAACAGAUUGCCAAACUUCUUAUUGACACGGAUCCUAAUAACCUAGCCUAUUACCAGUUUCUGCUUAUCAUUUAUGCAGUGGCUGCUCAAUGGGAGAAUGUUUCAAGAGUGCAAAAACUGAUGAAGGAAAGAAAGUUAGACAUAAUACCCGGAAGCAAUCUUGUGGACUUGAAAAAUAUUGUUCACAAUUUCAAAGUGUCAAACAAUUGGCGUGAAGGAAUUGAAGCUGUAAACAUAAUGAUGAAUGAACUAUCUCAUAGAUUUGGGUUGCCUUGUGCUGAUUCUGGACAAUCAUCGGUGGACCAGAGAGAGUUGCAAAAACCAGGAUGA